GCCACAAUCCCGGCCCCUGACAUAUGUAUCUUGCAAACCUACUUACAUGACAUUUUUCUCAUUCUUCUGUAGGUACCUCUUAUUUAACAGACAUCGUGUGGUGGGCCGGCACAAUUGCAAUGGCUGUUGGCCAGAUUGGAAAUUUCCUGGCUUACACGGCAGUCCCCACGGUCCUGGUGACUCCCUUGGGUGCGCUUGGAGUGCCAUUCGGGUCCAUUUUAGCUUCUUAUCUUCUGAAGGAAAAACUCAACAUCCUGGGCAAGUUGGGGUGUCUGCUGAGCUGUGCAGGUUCUGUCGUGCUGAUUAUCCACUCCCCAAAGUCUGAGAGUGUGACAACGCAGGCUGAGCUGGAGGAGAAGCUGACUAAUCCAGUCUUUGUGGGCUACCUGUGCAUCGUGCUGCUCAUGUUGCUGCUGCUCAUCUUUUGGAUUGCCCCAGCCCAUGGGCCCACCAACAUCAUGGUCUACAUCAGCAUCUGCUCCUUGCUGGGGAGUUUCACCGUGCCUUCCACCAAGGGCAUUGGGCUGGCAGCCCAAGACAUCUUGCACAACAACCCAUCUAGUCAGAGAGCCCUGUGCUUGUGCCUGGUGCUCCUGGCUGUGCUGGGUUGCAGCAUCAUCGUCCAAUUCAGGUACAUCAACAAGGCUCUGGAGUGCUUCGACUCCUCCGUGUUCGGGGCCAUCUACUAUGUUGUGUUCACCACACUUGUCCUGCUGGCUUCAGCCAUCCUCUUCCGGGAGUGGAGCAACGUGGGUCUGGUGGACUUCUUGGGCAUGGCCUGUGGAUUCACGACGGUCUCCGUGGGGAUUGUCCUUAUACAGGUGUUCAAAGAGUUCAAUUUCAAUCUUGGGGAAAUGAACAAAUCCAAUAUGAAGACAGACUAGGAUGCAACCAGGGGUUGGGGGCUUGAGGAACAGGCCUCAGAGGUGGUCUCUGGUCCUGAUUGGAUGUGAAGUAGAAGAGACCCUCAAUCCCUGAUGUGAGAAUUGCCUGUGUACUAAUGGGUGGUCGAGUGGACAGUGGGGAGCCUGGCUCAGCAGCAGAGCAGGGGCCCAGCCCUCUGUAGCCUGAUGCUCCCAGUGGUUGCCUGGGCAUCAUCUCUCUCUGAUGAGACGAAUCUCAUUUUCAUUUCCAUUAACCUGGAAGCUUUCAUGACUACUUUUUCCUUUUAAAACAUUUUAACAUGAUUUAAUGAGUAAAUAAAGAUGGGCUCUUUCUGGUUAGUCUUUGCAGGAGAGCAGAUGUUCUUAAUUAGAAGAUUACUCUGGAAAUGAGAAAAAUUCUUGUCUUGAAAUCUGGCUCUGUACAGUAAAUGUGACUGUUGUUGUGUUAGUUUGCAUUGAGCAUGUAUAACAUUCAGGUACCUCAUUCACAUAAGAGGUAUAUACAUUGAAUUGUUUUUAAUUCUCUAACAAAUAGGCUCUCUCCUGCACCCACCCAAGACAUUUUAAUAGCAAAUAGAGAGAGAACAGUUAAUGAAUGUGAUGCAGUGUUCCAUUGGCAGGAUGACCUUUCAAUAGCUCAAAUCAAUUUCAGUGCCUUUAUCACUUGAAUUAUUCACUUAAUUUGACUACUACUGUAUGUUCUCUUAAAUUAGAAUAAUGCCACUUCCUUGGUUAUACCUUAACAUUUCAAUGUUCAAAUUAUAAAUAAUUGUAAAGCAAUUAGAAAUAAUUGUGUAUUGGAGGAGAGUCAAAACUAAAGGCACAUGAGCAGAUUGACCCAUUUAGCAUGUAGUUAUUGUCCAAGUAAAGACAAUUGAUUAAGUAGCAUGAGGUAUUUUAUUUGCAUUCAACCUAUGUAAUUGGGAUCUAGUAUCAAAUAUAUACACAGCAAGCAUUUGUGGCCAUCCAGCCUUGAAAAUAAGGCUAUUAAAGGAGAAAAAAAUGUUUAAUAGCACAUAUGUUGAGAACCCUUUUUAAUACAGAACCAAGUUGGAACACACAUAGUUUCAAAGGAGUUUCUAACAAAGAUGGAAACAUUUUGAUCUUCUUGUUUCAGAUGUGGAACAUUCUUGAGUUCCUCACCCAGCAUCUCACUAAAUUUCCUGAGUGAACAUGAGGCUCUGGAUUUGAUUCCCCGUGCCAGAAACAAAACAAAACAAUUCUUAAAUGUAAAAUGGCAAUUAAUUAUGCCAACAUUUGGAUAAAAGAGAUCUUUCUUCUGUCCAUAACAACCUCCCAUGUGUAUUAAACUGGAGCAGAACACGAAGUGAUGCAAAAAUUUCAUCACUAUAUUGUCUGAUUCACAUGCAGUGUUUUAUCUGAAUAGGGAACUAUGCUAUAUUGAAAGGUGGGCCUGGGUAAAGUAGAUUAGGUGAAAUAGAACUUGAAAUUUAAUAAUAUCCAACUAUAGUUACUUUAAAAAGAUGUUUUUCUCCAGGCAAAAAGAACAUUUCUGAAGUAAAAAUCCAAGGAAUACCUCCCUAAAGUUUUGAACAAAGAGACCAAAUAAAAUGAGACUAGUUUAACAUGAAGCAAAAAUAUACCUUUAUGAAUUAAAAGUACAUGUGAUGAUCCUGGUUUGUCAGUGAUUUGUGAAGAGCAGCAACAAAAUAAUUUCAAAAAAUUUAAAAAUCUUAUAUUAACUGGUAGUUAAUAAAUAUUCCAAAUGUCCAUUCCUCUUUCAUCAGCUCUUUAAGGUUAUUUUUUUAACACUGGCAUUUUUAGAAAUAUUACCCUUCAUUUAUUGAACUAAAAGUUGCAGUAAUUUUGGCACAAAAGUAAUUUUCUAGUUAAGGAGAUGUUUGGGAAAGAAUUAACACAUAAUUAUUCAAGAAUAUAAGAAAGUUCAUAAUUUAAAAAUUAUGUUUUGCUGCAACUUACAUAUGAAGCUUAUUUAAAUGCCUCUAUUGGUGUGCCUUUCUAUAUUUUAAUCCACAAUUAUCCCAUGGAUAUUCAGAGUUGUGAAUUUCUGGAUGAUAUUCCCUAUAAUUUUUUUUUUAGACUAAAACAAAAUCUCACAGUAUUAAUAGCUCUUCUGAAGGUGACUGAUCCUGGAACAGAAUCUCCCAGGUUUAUAUAUAUUUGGUAGAUUGCUUUAGCAGGAUACAUAGCUUUUGUUCCAGUGAAACAAAGUUCAUGUCAUUCAUUGUUUUUCAUAUGUGUGACAGUAGCCUCUGAGUAAUUGACAUGACCAGGGUCUGAUGUUCUAAAUUUAACAUGAAGCACAUAAAUUCAAAUUUCUACUAUCAUUUCACAAAUUUGCUUUUUUCGUAAUUAACGUGGAAAUACAAAGAAAAAAGGACCCCAAAUUGAGAGUUUCAGAGGAGAUCCUAAUAUGGAAAUGGAUCUCUUAUAGGUCUUUCCAAAAGUAAAGCCUGUGAAACAUUUUCAUUAUGAUGUUAUUCUUUGAUUUAUCUCUGAUAAAACCAAGAAAAAUAUCUACUGUAUAUUUAUUUUCAAGUUUUUUUCUAAAAUCAAAGGUUUUUUAUUACAAUUUUCAGAAUUAUUCUUGAUAGAUACUUAAAUAGGCUAUUCUCUCCUACUUGGACAAUGCCUUGUUUUCUCACGUGAAUUCUAUUCUGCUUAUUGACCAAGUAUAGAACCAAUUUAGGAUUCUUAACAUAAACCUAGCCCAAGGAUACCAUCCUAGCAUUUUGCAAUCUGCAUAACCAAGGCAUUUCUGUGAGGCCCAUACUAGGACCUUUGGGGAGGAAUCUGGUUUUCUGGUGGCUUUGCUUAUCACUCAGACUGUCAUUUCAUAUUAGAAUGUUAAUAUAAUACACUUUGCUGCUCUUUGUUGAGCAAUAAGAAAUAUUCUUUUAAUUCCUACUUCUUAAGCCAAUUUGUUAUACUCAGUUUAUUUCCAGAAGUUAAUUCCAGCAGUAAUAUGUUGGCCUUUGUUGUUUUCUUUGGGUUUUACAUUUCUUUUCUGAUAGAAGAAAACACUAUUCAAAUGGGUAGUUACUGCUCCUCUUCCUUCUUCCUAGGCAGCUUAGCUCCUGGUAAAUACUAUGCUCAACUUUUAGAGGCCAGUUUCUAGACUUCUGUAAAGCACUCAGAUGCAGUGUCUCCCAGGUGUGGACGAACACUCAGUCAACAGAAAUAGGUAUUGAUGAGUACAGACCACUGCCCUGCUGCAUAUUUUUUUUUUCCACAGUGCUGGGGAAUGAACCCAGGGUCUGGCACAUAGCAGACAAGUGCUCUACCUCUGGCUACAUCCCCAGCCCCUGCUAUAUAAUUCUUGGAGGAGAUAAUAACGUUGUCUCUUUCCCAAGCUGCUCCAGUAAUCCAUAAGAGCAGAGAGGAUGCUCCAAUGGCUCACAGAACCAUGUCCGUAUCUCUUUUCUGAUGCCUACUAAGUCCAGGUUAGGGUUCCCAGUAAGACACUAGAAAGAGAAUGCUUCAUGACUGUGGAUUAGCUUCUGUGGUCUGAAGGAGUUAUCUUUCUCAGAGUGUUUGACACCAAGGACAUUGUUCACUCAUCAAGCAGGAUUGGAUGGAAUGUUGGUGUUCCGUCUUCUCAGGGACCAAAAAUGUAUCAUCAUCUUUUUAGUGUUGACCUUCCUACCAGUGACACCUCUGUUCAUUUUCUGUAUGUCUUACUCAUAUUCAUAGCUAGAUUCUGUUAACUUCAGUUAGCAAAAGACCAAUUUGCAUACCAGUCAUUCCACAAGCCAAUUUAUCAUAUAAAAUACCUCAAUUUUUUGUAUUCCUCAUUUCCAUUCCACAAUUGUUACUGGUGAUGAAUUUUGAGGGUCUGUCCUUUAGCUCAUAGGUGAUUUUUCACAUCUGGCCAGAUUCUUAUACCUCCAUGUAUACUUGAAAAGAUUGAGAAUUAUAGGAACAGGCAUGAGAAUUUGGCCUAAUACCACUGCUCGUUUUUUUUUUU